AUGGAGAAAGAUGAUCAAGAAUUCUCUAUAAACAAUGUUGACGGGAUUUCAGAAUUGCCAGAUUCAAUCUGUCAUCAUAUUAUGUCGUUUCUCCCGGCGAAAGAUGCUAGAAUGACCACUUUUCUGGCCAGAAGAUGGAGAUCCUUGUGGUAUUCGUCCCCGGUUUACGAUUUUGAUCAGGAUUCCUUUGUCACCGAUCGAAUAAUAUGGAAAUUCUUGGAAGAGACUUUAGUACGUCGUAAAAGAAACUUCAGCAAUUUAAGCAUCGAAAAAUUUAGGGUCUGCGUGCAUAUGAGCAAGAUUGUCGACUUGAGAAAUAUUGUUUGGAACUGGAUAGGAUUGGCCGUGAGAAGUAACGUGAAAGAAUUGAGCAUUAUUAACUCGGAAAGAUACUAUCCUAUAGUCCCUCCUGCAUUGAGUAUUUCUAUCUUUACUGCAAAAUCAAUCACAAAAUUGGAGAUUGUCCGCUUCUAUUUUAUAGAAAUUGGAAUUUCUUUGAGUCUGCCUUCACUUCAAGAACUAGUUUUAAGAAACACAUUGAUGGGUUGCGCGACGUUGGAAAAGAUCAUUUGCGGUUGCCCCGUACUUAAAAAAUUACAUCUUCAAUCAUGGAAGGGAGGGCGGGAACUUGAAAUUUCCAAGGAGACACUCACUGAAUUGCAUGUCAAACUAGAUGCUCCAAAUCUAAGGGGAUUAGACUAUUUGGGAAAAAUGGCAACUGUUUCAUCCGUGCUAUCAUCGCCUCUACUCGAGGUUUCAAUCGAUAUGGGAUCAGAUGGUCAUAAUUCCACGCAAUACGUCAAAUUGAAAAAUUCCAGAAGUCAAAAGAAAUGUGGCUGGCUUGUCAAGAGGUUGCAGGCUUACUCAUACCUCAAAAAUCACGGAAGAGUCUCCUUCAUCGAGUCUACAGCCUCAAGGAUUUGGAGGAAGAAUAAGAUAGAGGAAACAAUUAGUGAAAAGAAGAUGGAUUUUCAAUAA